AUGUCGUACGCAGGCAGAUCUAAUGUUUCGGACGACCUCGUCUGGGAGAUUGUCCGUGCCCAGAACUCGUUCCUGGUGAAGCGUCCCGGCUGCCAAUUCUCCCGUGACCCUCUUAACCUGGCCAACAAGCACUCGCGAAAGUAUGCCGGCUUCGCAAACUCUAAGGCCAUUGGAAUCCAUCUCACUGAGAAUGGAAACGUUGCCGUUACCACCAAGAAGCCAGGCAUGAGCAACAAACCUGCCUCCAACGCUAUCACCAACACCUACAGUUCCACUGCUGCCAGCCGAAAGAUCUACAAGGGAGUUGCCAACACCACCGCCAAGAGCGGAUACCGCCCUGAUCUCCGUGCAGUCGCCGUCAGCCGUGCCAGCGCCCUCAGAGCCUCUCAAAAAACCAAGAAAGAGGCUCCUGCGAAGAAGCCCAGAGGUGUCAAAGCUCGGAAGGCUGCGGAGGAGUCGUCUUAA